GCUAAUCGGAGAAUUCUGAAGAAGCUACCAACAAACACGGAAGGGGCAGCUAUUCUGACCGGCUACGUGUCCUGUCUGGAUCGACCUGUUUCGGCUUUCGUACGAUUGAAAGUGGCACAGAAGCUCUAUCCAAUUCUCCCGGAUUUGCCAGUGCCAGUUCGAUUCAUCUUCAUUCUGCUCAGUCCCUCGGAAAACUAUCACAGUGAGCGGGAUUCCAUUGCACGGACCAUAGGAGCCUUUUUAUCUGAUGAGAUAUUCCGCAAAGUGGCUCUCCACACCCUGGAACAGCACACGCUGGCAGAUGCCGCAGACGAGUUCAUCUCCCAGAUCUCGGCUGUUCCACCAGGAAAAUGUUCUGCAGACGCACGUUGGGAGCCAAAGGAAACUGAGAGUAAG